AGUAGGAAGAAGAAGCCGAUUCUGGAAGCCAUUACGUUGCGCACAUUACCGGAGUAAAUCCUACUAUUUUUGCGUACAAUACGCACAAUUACCUGCCGUAAAGACGCUUUUCUGCACUUAUGGCAUCGGUGGCCAAAAAGAGAAAAAUGAAUUUCUCGGAGAGGGAGGUGGAAAUUAUAGUGGAAGAAAUAGAGAAACAAAAGCACACACUGGUUAACCACUUCAAUGCCGGAGUCACACACAUGGCCAAGAAUAACGCGUGGAUGGACAUCCUGAAAAAGGUGAACCAGGUCACCACCUGUCCGCGCGAGCUGCCCGAGGUCAAGAAGAAGUGGUCCGACAUGAAGACGGAGGUCCGGCGGAAGGUGGCCCAAGCGCGGGCUGCCAUCGAGGGGACGUCCGCGGACUGCACUCCAGUUCCCGUCAUCCUCACCGCCAUGCAGCAGCGGAUCUGUAACCUGCUGGGAGAGGCCACCAUCAUCAGCCUACCUGCCGGAGACUCGGAUGCGGAGAUCACCUUACCUGUGACCGUCAACGCCGCCGCAACCGUCACUCUGACGGAGGCUCUUCCAGCCAGUGCCGGGACAGUCUGUGACGACUCAAAGCUGAAUGCUGAGACGACGUACCACACUCUGGAGGAUGGCGGCGUGGUGGAGUACUGCACCACCACUGAGGGCGACUCUGCCCCGACUGUGGUGGCCGCAGUCGAGGCUCCCAUGGAGAUGCUGGCCUCGUCUUCCGUUUCCCCGCCGCCAUCUCAGAGUCAGGCCAAACCGCAGGAGCUGAAGAGCCGCAUUGCUCUGAACUCCGCCCGCCUGUUGCAGGAGCAGCGAGUCACCAACGUGCACAUCCGCCAGAUCGCCCAGCACCUGGAGGGCCAGAACGAGCUGCUGCAGAUGAUGCGGCGCUCCCAGGAGGCGCAGGCCUUUGCCCAGGAGAGGCAAGCUCAGGCACUGGAGGGCACGCAGGCCGCCCUGCUCGCGUUGGUGCAGAUGCUCCGACCGGCUCUCAAAGACCUGAGGAAGUUUCUGCAGAGCGGGUCUGAGGCGGCGAACGCCAGCAGCUCUGUGGCAACACCGGCAACUGGAGCAACCAUUGAUGGAGUGGCAACGGAGGAGCAGAGCAGGCCCAAAACACCUCCGCCUCCUACUCCUACACAACAGGCUGAGGAGGCGCAGUAGACUCUGUGUGUGUGUGUGUAUGUGUGUGUGUGUGUGUGUGUGUAUGUGUGUGUGUGUGUGCGUGUGUGUGCGUGCGUACGUGUGUGAACCAUGAUUACACUUAUGCCUUAUGAAGAACAUGUACAGAACCAAUGGAGAACUGUUAUUUUUAUUUUUUUGCCACGACUUGAUGUUAUUUAAUACCCUGAAUCUGGUUUUCUGAUCUUUUUUUAUGCAAAUAUUUCAUCAGCCUGAUGGAAAAUUAACGGGUUGGUUUUUUUAGACCGUGAUGAGCCAGGUUUGUGUGUGAGCUGCACUUUAACCAGCAUGUGUUCAGACCGGAAUAAAGUGAAAAAGAGGCCAAACUCUUUAUUUCCUGUCACAUCUCUCCUGUUCCAGGGGCAGAUGUUCAUGUUAAACAUGGUAAAAGAAGUCAGUGUGUGAAUAAAUGAUCCCCAUGAGUCAAAAGUUUUAAACACUUAGUUUCACACAAUUUUUUCUACUCUUGGAUCUGUAUCAUGUCAUAGAGAGCAGGCUUUCUAUAAAAUACUUGAAACACGUCCAAAGUUCCACUCUUUUCUUGGUAUCGUCUUCUUGUGCAUCUCUAAAUUGUUUUCGGAGCUUCCAUCCGCUGUGGUGCUGUUAUGUUCCUCCCGUACUGUAGCUCUGCAGUGUGUGAUGGAUCUUGUCCAGUGUAUCCAAAUGUUUCAGGGAGGCGAUUGUGAUGGCAUGCACCACAGUUCAUUUCCUCUGAUUGUUCACUAUCAGAUGCCUCAGAGGACUUCACAGCAGGCCUCAGCAAUGAUGGUCUCACCCUGGGGAUGAUUUAAUCGUGCAAAACUUGUUGAAUGUUCAAUAAAAUGACGUGCUCUUGAAGGCGUGCCUUCAGGCUGGAAAA